UAUCGGUACGUUUUGGAAGAGGACAACAGACGUCUAAGAGGAAGAGUCAGUUUAAGCAGGACAGUGCGAAGUAAGUGAAUCCGAGGAUACAUUCCACUAAACUCUUCGAAUCCGUUCCAAUAAGAAGAGAGAUGGAUUUCAUCAAGGACUUCUGUAUCGGUUCCUUCGAAUCGUUUUUGUCGGAUGCACAAGAAGGGUUCUUGGAGAAACUCCUGAAGUGUCUGGAGCGGGAGGAGAAGUGGACCAAGGAAGACGCCUGCUGGUUCUACUCAGUCGUGAGCGAAGGGGACUUGAAGAACAUGUUGAAGAUGUUGAACCGAAAUGUCGGGAAGGUGGACGCCAAGCUGGAGGUCCAGUACAAGAAUAACGACGAGUUGAUGCGGUACAUCUACGAGAAGGGCGACGUCAGGGAAGUUGCUCCUGGAGUGUGGCAAAUGAUCUACGACACGGAAUACGUCACGCCGCUGUACGUCACCGCCAAGAACGGUUACGUGGACUGCAUGCGGCACCUGCUGAACCGCCAGGCGGAGGUGGACUACGCUCCGGGCGGCUGGACGCCGCUCCACGCCGCGGUGGACGCCGGUCACGUGGACUGCGUCGGGCUGCUGCUGGACUAUGGUGCCGACAUCACCAUGGAGACAGACGACGGUCUGAACGUCUUGCAUCUGUGCUGUAAGCCUGGAGAGCAGUACGUCAAGUGUGCUGUGCUCUUACUCAAGGUGAAGGCCAGCAAGGAGAAAAUUAACGAAACAUCCUGGGAGAAGCAGCAGACUCCUCUCCACAUGGCGGCCAGUAAGGGUCUGGGUGAGCUGGUCGGACUGCUCCUGGAGAGCGGUGCGGAUCCUGACGUGAAAGACCUGGAGACGGAGACUGCUUUACUCCUGGCUGCGUACCACACCACGGGCGAUGACGGUUAUCUCAUGGUCUGUCGGAAACUGGUAGAGGUCGGUGCCGACGUCAACAUCCAGGAUAAGGAAAACCAAAUCGCCCUCCACAAGGCCUGCCGUAAUGGUGAUCACAGAAUGGCGACGCUUCUCGCUGCCAGUGGGUCCAAGAUCAACCACAGAGAUUAUUACUUUAAGACACCUCUGUUCGAAGCUAUAGCGGCCACAGAGCUUCUUGCCCAAGGUUACUCCAAGGACGCGGUCAAGGGCAAGCCGGAAGGAUGUGUUCAGGCCAUGGUCAACAACGGCGCCUGGAAAGUCUACCCGACAGAAUUCCUCCAGAUCCUGUCACGAUGCGCCGGACAUCCACCGACGAUCGAAGUGCUGGUCAACUCGCACGCCUCCCUACAGAUAACGGCGUCGUGGCGGGAGUCCAUCCCUGAUGACGUCAUGGAGGAACAUGGCGACUUCUACAGGGCAUUUCUGAGUCUCGGAAAAAGUCCCGCCACACUGCAACAUCUCGCUAGAAGCUCGCUGAGGACUUUUCUCGGAAAGAGAUGCCAGAAGGUCGUUGACGGGUUACCUAUAGCUCCGGGGCUGAAGAAGUACAUUCUUCUUGUUCCAGGAGAGGCGGGGAUGCACUACGUCACGGUCAGUCCCAAAACCAAGAUGUCGCUGGCCGCAGCCCGCUUCCGUCAGCUCCUGCAAGAAGGAGACAAGAAGGGGAUGAAAGAACUGGUGACGAAUGGCUGCGACGUUAACAUGGAGUUUGUAGAUAAGGUUCUGACAGAGGACGUGGGACGGGAGGUUGCGCUGGGUCUGUGGUCCAUGUCGUAUGUGAACGAAGUUACCACUCCGCUCUUCAUAGUGGUGUCGAACGGCCACGUGGACUGCGCUUCCUACCUGCUCCGCAUGAAGGCGGACGUGAACUACGCCCCGACCAACGACGCCCCGCUUCACGCCGCCUGUAAGCUGGGAAACGCCGAACUUGUGGACCUCCUGCUGGCCUACAAGGCCGACGCGAAUCAGAUGAAUGAGGACGGGUACUGUCCACUUCACCUCUGCGACACAGGAUCAUACUACAAGUGCGCCAAAGCCUUAAUUCACAGGGGGGCGGACAUCGAAGGCGCGUCCUGGUACGAAGGAGACACGCCCUUGCACAAAGCCGCCGAGAAGGGCUUGGACGACUUGUGCAGCCUGCUAGUAAACCACGGUGCCGAUGUGAACGCUAGAAAUGGCAACGAAGCAACUCCCCUGAUAGUUGCUUGCGAAAAGAGUACCUGUGAAGGUAAAUACGCCAACGCCGUUCGGAAGCUGAUUGCCUUCGGUGCUGACAUUGAUGCCCAUGACGGUGACACAGAGGCCGCCCUCCACAAGGCGUGUACAGCGGCAGAUUUUGACGUGUUAAAAGUUCUAGUCGACGGCGGAGCCGACGUCAACAAGCGGGACUAUGACGGAAACACUCCGAUUUACCAUGCUAUCUGGUCGUCCACGCUGGAGGCAAAGCGGGACCUCGCACAGCAGUGCGUCCGCUUUCUUUUCAGCUCCGGUUCGUGGGGCAUCUGGGCCGGGUCCUUCCACAGGGUGCUCCGGUCGGUAUCUGUUACUCCAGAAGUCAUCGAGAUCAUCUUGAACACGUACGAGAACAUUCCCAUCACCUACAAGUGGAGACAGAGCAUCCCCGGUGACGUUUACGAGGAAAACAAGGGAUUUUACGACUGGCUCUUCAAGAUGGCGCUCUCUCCUCGGUCCCUCAUGCACCUAGCCCGUUUCUCCCUCCGAAAGUUUUUGGGUCCCAGGUGUUACAGAGUCUUCAACAGUACUGGUCUCUCUAUCCCUGACCGUCUGAAGCGGUAUCUUUUGUUAGAACCACAAGGAAUUGUACACUAAGGCGAAAGCAAAUAUAAAUAUGAAUACAUGUAACAUACAUCAAACUUCCAAACAGCCUUGAAGUCAUAUUUGAAGACUGCUCAGUGCUUGUAGCAAAAUAAAAUGAUGUCUUUUGCAUUCGUUGCAUGGCUCUGAUACUGUAUGUCUAUAUCACCACCUCAACAACUAGUUCCUCAUUG